AUGAAUAAUAGGUGCGUCGGGCAGAAGCUCGAGAAGUCGGGCACGAGGGGGAGGGAAUCGAGCAACGGGAGCGGGGUCCAAAGGAACAAGCGGAUGAUGACGCUGGGGAAGCUCGGGCGGCAGAAUGGCAAGGCCCAGAGGAGGGGGAACGGGAGGCACGAGAUUGUGCCUCGGCGGACUCCACGGUCGGAGGAGGCGCAAGAGGAAGGGGUUGGGGGGAGGCUGACGCUGAUAGCGGCACCGACAGCGGUGAGGGCUGGGACAUUUGAGGGGACGACACGACGGGACCGGACGACUGCUGCUGGGUGGAUUGCUGUGACGGCACCGGCGGAGGCAGUUGAGGAGGCGACUGGGAUACCAGAGGAGAGGGAGGUUGGAGAUGCGGGCCACCGACCUACCGGUGGAGAGCAGGAGGAGGGCGAGGCGGUCGACGACGACGAAAGGAACCACCACGGGCUCUUAGAUGAAGGUGGGUACGCCCACGAGGAGAGGGGUCAGGAAGGGGUCCCGGCUUCCUCGUGCUCAGCCAGGGCAGCAGCGGCUCGGGGCAGGACUGGCGCCAGACCGCCCUGGGCCUUUGGCAGGCUGGGAACAGCAAAGUACCCCGCCGCGUGCGCCUGCCGCGGCUGGGGACGGCGUUUUCCCGUCAUCAACACGUCGCCGGGAGACACAGGUAGAGGAAGAGGGAGAGCGACGAUCGAAAGAGCUUGCAGGGGACGACGGCUAUGA